AUGGCGACAAAAGCGGGCAAUAUUGACGGCGACGUCAAGGCAACCCCAGAUACCGUGGAAACCAUAGUUAGAGACACGACUAUAGAAACUACGCAAGAUGCCAAAGAAGUUACCCCGCCAAAGGCUGUUGAGCCCGAAUCUUUUGAGGAUGCGCCAGAUCCAGAGGAAGACGACCUCGACGACCUAGACGACAUGCUCGACGAAUUCUCCCCGACUAAGACCGAGUCUAAACCUGCAACCACCGAGGCCCCCAAACCAGAGAAAUCCACAGCUGGGGCCGCCUCCGAUGAGAUGGCUGAUCUUAAUGGCAUGUCGGAGGAAGACUUUGCAAAGCAUUUACAAGCUGAUAUGGCCAAUCUUUUGGGCGGCAUGAAUUCAAACCCAGAACUCGCAGCCCAGUUCAAGGAGAUGAUGAGCAAGAUCGCUACGGAAGGUGGAGAAGGACCUGGUGAUUUUGGGGCUCAUCCUGACGCUGCUGGAGCUUACCAGCAGUCUGCGAAAUCUGCGGCGCCUUCAACGGCGGAGGAAUCUUUCCAAGACACUAUUAGGAAGACCAUGGAGAAGAUCCAGGCCUCAGGGGAGCAAGCUACGGCAGCGUGCAAAGAAGAAGACACCGAUGACAUUCUAGCCGAGUUGAUGAAGCAGAUGCAAUCUAGCGGCCUCGGCGGCGAGGGUGGCGAGGAAGACUUCUCGAAGAUGCUACUGGGGAUGAUGGAGCAAUUGACAAACAAGGAUAUCCUCUACGAACCCAUGAAGGAACUACAUGACAAGUUCCCUGCUUGGAUGGAGAAGAACAAGGCAGCCACUAGCAAGGAAGACCUCAAGCGCUAUGAAGAACAGCAGAAGGUUGUCGCGGAAAUAGUUAAGAAGUUCGAAGAGCCGACAUACACAGACGCCAGCCCGACCGACAGAGAAUAUAUUGUGGGGCUGAUGCAGUUGAUGCAAGCCGCUGGCUCGCCCCCGUCGGAUCUAGUAGGAGAUAUGGCUUCGGCACAGGAAGCAUUUGGUGCACCACCAGACGAAGGUUGUCCUCAACAAUGA